AACUUUGGAUUGUUCUUAUGAUUAUAAAUGAUGAAUCCAUCAGACGUUUCACUAAUUACAAAUCCGUACGAUGUUCCCUGUUUUUUCAAAAAAUACACUUCUAUUGAAUGUUCCGAUCGAGCCGCCGAUGAAGAACUUCGUCGGCGUUCCAAAUGUGAAUCGGAACCUCUCUGUUUUUUUCUUCAAUUCUUCCGAUCAUGUUUUUGCUUUUGAGGAAUUCUUAAAGAAGAACAACAACAAGACGGCCAUACUUUAAAUGCUCAGAGCCGUACCCAUUGUGUGAUGCGUUUUUUUUUUUUGCUUUAUACACAUUUGUGAAUAUGCUUGUACUAUUUACAGAACCGAUUUAUUUAUGAAAUGAAAUAUGAUAAAUUAUAACAGUAAUUGUUUUUUGUUUUUUUAUGCAGAGAAAGAGAGAGAGAGAGAGGAGGGAGGGAGAUGUUGACGUGUAUCACGUGUAAGCCAAAGAUAGAGGACGGUGACGGAGGGGAGGAGGGCCCACGUGGGACGCCCGGUUCGAAGGACUCCGUCAAAAGCCUGACGGCGCAGAUAAAAGACAUAGCAUUGAAGGUGUCUGGGGCAUACAAGUGCAAGCCAGGCACACCAAGCAGCAGCAGCACUGCAUACAGGAAAGGGAGGGCAUACCCAGAACUGGACACCAUCUCAGAGGGGGUCCCACACCCUUUCCACCCCUCUGGUUCCACCAGCUCCACCCCAGCCUGGGAUUACACCAAAACCAGCAGUUUUCACAACAACCCUUCCAUGUUUUCGGCUUCUGAGGUUGGGGUUGAGGACGAGAGCGAACCCAAGGAGUGGGUUGCCCAGGUCGAACCCGGCGUUCAGAUCACUUUCCUCUCCCUCCCUUCUGGGGGAAACGAUCUCAAACGAAUCCGUUUCAGCCGGGACAUGUUUGACAAGUGGCAAGCACAGAGGUGGUGGGGAGAGAACUUCGACAGGAUCAUGGAGCUACACAAUGUCCAGAGGUUCAAUCAGCAGGCGCUGGAAACCCCUGCCCGUACUGAGGAUGGGAGAGACUCGACGUAUUCUCGGCUGAGGGAGAGCCCAAUGAUGAUGACAGCAGCACAGAGGAACUACUACUAUAACAACAAACAAGGAGGAAUGGGGGAAGGGCCAAGAACAACGACCGACUCAAGAGAGGAAGCUUCCAUAUCCAUAAGCAACGCGAGCGAGAUGUCCUCAGAGUGGAUUGAAGAAGAUGAGCCCGGGGUUUAUGUCACCAUUAGACAGCUUGCUGAUGGCACUCGCGAGCUUCGCCGCGUCCGGUUCAGUCGAGAGAAAUUUGGAGAGGUGAAUGCAAAGAUGUGGUGGGAACAGAACAGGGAUAGGAUACAAGAAACAUACCUUUAGCUUAUUAUUAUUAUUAGCUAGUAGGAACACUACUUUUCUUAAAAUACUAUUUUAUGUUUUAAAAAAAGAAGAAGAAGUUUUUGACUAAGUAGUCCUAUGACACAUUUGGCACACUAUAUAUAGUAUUUUUUUAUAUAUAUAAAAAUUAAAGUUGUCUAUGAGGA